CGAGCCUUGGAAUACAGGACAGUCGGGCGACUGCUUCGAGGCCUCCCUCUUUAACAAGUACUUAUUAUAUAGUGAGAAGCGCGCUUAAAGAUAAGUAGUUAUCGGAAACGUGGUUAGAAGUAGAAAAAAUACGUGAUUGUGAUUAGUGCGAAGAGCACGAUCUUCACUCCGAGGCUCAACGAUACUUAAGGGAACAGUCCUCGUCGCCGUCCGAGCAAAAACCCGAGGCUGGCUUUGUUUCAAUGAAGUACCCCGAGACACCCAGCACGCAAUCCAAUAAUUACUGAACGCAAUGAGCAGCCCUGACCUGGAAGGCCCCGACGCAGUGCCGCCUUUCCGCAACAGCGAAACGGAAGGCGCAAGUCAAGAGGGUGGUGACUUCUCAACAAGCGAUGAGAGCACCAUCACCCCAUGUGGAGAUGUCCCCGGCCCCGAUGGCCUCCCAGUCCACAGUCCAAGACCAGCGAUGAAGCCUUUUCAGGAGGGAGCCCGCCUGAAAUCCAUGAGGACGCCGCGAAUACCCCUAACGCCACCACCACUCCAGGCGUCAAGACAGCUCAAGAAGCCUCCCCAGAGCCCGAGGCCGCCGAGGAAAGCGAGCUCGUUACCGAUGAAAGCGCCAAUGGAAAUGUUGGCACAGUUCAAAAUGCCUCUCCGGUGCUCAAGGCCAUCGAGGAAGGUGAGCCCGUCGCUGAGAACGGUACCAGUGCAGACGUUGUAACGACGCAGAGUCCCUCGUCGCCUGAGGUGGAUCCCCCAUACGAGGAAUCUGCCAGCACGAUCCGGUUGCGGAGCGUGGACGACAACUCCCCAUCUCGUCGGCGGUGGAUCUCGAGGAAGGAGCGUGACCGGCAGGAUGUCGAGCCGCUCGACGAGAUGAUGCUGCAGCCCGGCCUUGAGGAAGUGAAGGCGCACUUCCUGCAUGUGUACGAAGAGGCGCAGGCGGUACGGAAACGCGGCGACGACCUGCGAAAGAUGAGCAAUCUGGAUGUAUGCUUCGUGGAGGACAGCGAGAGCACCCGCAUGAUGGUUUUAAACUGUUAUAUCAAACUCUUGCAGCGCUUGAACCUGGUGGCAGACAACGUGCUUGGCCGAACCAAACCGCACCUCUGCAUGUGCGAGGCUUGCAUGGACGAGGCCUGCAUGGACGAGGUCUGGGAUGACGCCACAAAAGAUGGAGAGCGAGGGAUCCUUCACAUUGACUACCAGGACUCUUGCGGUUUGUUCUCCAAUGUGGAAAGAAUUUUUGAAAAGCACGCGGGCACCACGCCACCCGUCAUUGUCCUGCAUCUGCCAGAUUCCGCCGCGGAUGCUGAGCGCUUGAUCGUAAAGCCAAGCGACGUGGUGCCUCGGAUGAGUAUAAUCCCCCUGCGGUAUUCGCCCGACGACAUUCUUCCCAUGUUGAUGGGUAAGGUCAAGAAAGAGUGUGGAGAGAAGGAGGUUGAAGGAGGCUGGGACGGGCCCUACAUGCGAAAGUUUGUUCGGCCCAUCAAAGAUUGCAAAAGCCUGACCCCGAGCUCCGUCACCGAAACCCUGGAGGCCUUGAAGCGGCGACGUGCAAGGAGGAUCGAGGCCGAGAAGAAGGGCCGGAGUCCAGGUUCGCCGGAAUCCUUUGCUUUCACAAAGUCCGACCUGCUCGGCCCUACCGCGGAGGAGCUGGGAUGCCAAAUCGACGCUUGGGUGGAGCUGCAGCAAAUGAUCGGCAUGGAUCAGGUCAAGGAAUCCAUUCGACAGCUCCUCGGCCAAGUGGUACUCAGCCGGCGGCUCGAAAUCGAGGGGAAGCCGCCCUUGAAGCCGUGGGCCAACCGCCGGUGCUUUAUCGGCCCCCCAGGCACAGGCAAAACCACGGCUGCCAAACUGUACGGGCGUGUCCUCAAGGAGCUCGGUCUUUUGGAGAACGACACCAUUAUCGAAAAGCGCGCCUCGGACCUUAUCGGAAGAUACGUCGGGGUGUCUGAGGCGAGGACCAAGGAGGCCAUCGACGAGGCCCGCGGCGGUGUGCUAAUAAUCGACGACUUCCACCUGCUCCUUCCCGACACCAUGCACGAUACGGGCGGGACGGAUGUCUUUCGAGCCGGCAUCAUCGACACCAUUGUGGCCAAUGCCGACCCCAACAGCGAGCGGAAGGAGGCCAUAAUAUUGAUUGGGUAUCCCGGGCCCAUGGCGGAGGCCUUCGAAAAAUGUAACCCAGGCCUAGCGCGCCGGUUCCCGUUAGCCCAUUCCUUCCGCUUUGCGCCGUACGGCGACAAGGAGCUUGCAGGUAUCCUUCGCCUAAAGCUCAACAAGCUUUCCCUAACUGCCUCGGACGAGGCGAUUCGCGUGGCUGAGAACAUGCUCGCCAUCGCGCGCCACCGCCCAAACUUUGGCAACGGCGGCGACGUGGGGAACCUGGUCGAUGCGGCGCAAGCGGCGUGCAGCUCUCGAUGCGCCAGAAUCGACGGGGACGGGGACGAGGACCUCGACAUGAAGCUGCUGCCCGAAGACUUUGAUCCGGACUGGAGGCGCGACACGGUGGCACGCGAGCGCUGUGCCGACCUUUUCGGCGAUAUGGAAGGGAUACAGGACAUUAUAGACGAGUUCCAGCGGUACCAGGCCAUGGCGGCGCGGCUGAGGACCCGCGGCCACGACCCGCGGCGCCACAUCCCCUGGGCCCUUGUUUUCCGCGGGCCGCCUGGGACCGGCAAAACGACAGUGGCGCGCAAGAUGGCCAAGGUCUACUAUGACAUGGGCUUCCUGGCUGCGGCCGAGGUCAUCGAAUGCUCGGUGGCCGACCUGACGUCGCCCUACGGGUCGGGCAAGAAGGUUAUACGCAUGUUCGAGCGGGCGCUAGGCAAGGUCCUGUUUAUCGACGAGGCGUACCGGCUCGGGGAGAACCAGGCCGUCGACACCAUCGGGGAGAUGGUGGACUGCAUGACCAAGGAGCGCUUCCUGGGCAAGCUGGUCGUCAUCCUGGCCGGUUACAAGGAGGACAUGGAGGCCCUUAUGCGGUGGAACCGCGGGCUGCGCAGCCGCUUCGCAACUGUUUUCGACUUCAAGCCCAUGGACGCGCCCGACGCCCUGAAGCUCCUGCGGAUGCACCUGGAUAAAAUGGACAUUGUGCUGUGCGGCGUCGAGCCGGACCGCGCGUGUUCUCAAGAAGCUGUCCUCGAGCUACUGAAAAAGCUAACGCAGUCGAGCUCGUGGGCCAACGGCCGGGACAUUAUCGCCCUUUCCCGCGCCAUAAUCGAGGAGGCGUACACUGACGAUCGAUUCCACCCCACGGAGGCUGGGAGCCAAAAGAUAGUCUAUCAUGCCCGGGAUCUUCUCCAGGUACUGGACCGAAGGCUAGGAAGGGCGAGGGAGGAGGACCAGGAAAUGAUUGCAACGUCGACGGGACGGUCAAGAUCGUCAAUCGAACCCCAGGUAGUGGACGCCACACUUCAAAACCACUCCAAUCGCGCUGCCAGUUUAAUUAACCUUGAAAACUGGCUUGGCAGGCGAUUUGAACAUACCGGUUCGAUGGGCGACCUCGACCGUGCUGUCGACAUUAUAACCAAGGCAGUGGAUACCACACCUCAAGGCCGCCCCGAUCGCGCUGAAAGGAUCGCGGAUCCCCCCUGGGAUGACGAGAAGCGGGCAAUUGUCAUCGCCGAACGGAGAGAGCCGAAGCGCACGCGGAACAUAUGCUCUCGUCGGGUGUAUUCUCUCUAA